UAAAUUGUGGCCUCAUAAAUAUGCACACACUGUUUUAAGGCAUGAACUCGUGGGUUUGUGAGACAUCCAUCUCGGCAGGGAUCUCAUACGAUUGGUAAGCUCCUGCUGCGUUCUACAUACCUACCAACUCCUCGAAUACAUAAUAGGACGGUAGUUCUACCACAAGAAAGGAUACACUCGCUCCUGUCACAUCUAUCUGAUAAUAUUUACAUUUUUAUACCUACUGGUGCAUAUCCAAUCAUGAAGUUAUCAAGUUUGAUCCAGCUUCCUCUCGUCCUGGCACCUUUACUCGCACCUCUUCCUGUUACCGCAGAACAUACGAGCAAUUGGGCAGUCCUCGUAUCUACCUCACGAUUUUGGUUCAACUAUCGACACCUGGCAAAUGUUCUUUCACUUUAUCGCACAGUCAAGCGUCUAGGAAUUCCUGAUUCUCAGAUAAUUCUCAUGUUACCUGAUGACAUGGCGUGCAACCCUCGGAAUGCCUUUCCUGGCACAGUUUACAGUAACGCUGAUCGCGCGGUGGACUUAUAUGGAGACAAUAUCGAGGUAGAUUAUAGAGGAUAUGAGGUCACAGUAGAGAACUUCAUUCGACUAUUGACGGAUAGAGUUGGAGAAGAGAUGCCCAGAAGCAAGAGGCUUUUGACGGAUGAUAGAAGUAAUAUCUUGGUUUAUAUGACAGGUCAUGGUGGUAAUGAAUUUUUGAAGUUCCAAGAUGCGGAGGAAAUUAGCGCAUUUGAUUUGGCGGAUGCAUUUGAGCAGAUGUGGGAGAAGAAGAGGUUUGUUAUAUCCCAACCUUCGACAAAUUUGUGUACUGACCACGAUCCAAAGGUAUCACGAAUUGCUUUUCAUGAUCGAUACAUGCCAAGCAAAUACCAUGUACAGCAAAUUCUAUUCUCCUAACAUAAUCGCAACCGGCUCUUCGGAAAUUGAUCAGUCUUCAUACUCCCAUCAUGCGGAUAAUGAUGUUGGUGUAGCAGUCAUUGAUCGGUACACAUAUUACAACCUGGACUUCCUCGAAACUCAGGUCAGGGAACCUGGCAGCAAGAAGACAUUGGGAGAUUUGUUUAAUAGUUAUGAUGAAGCAAAGAUCCAUUCACAUCCAGGUGUUCGAUGGGAUCUUUUCCCUGGUGGUGAGGAAGGAGGGAGAGAAAGACUAUUGAUGGAUUUCUUUGGAAAUGUGCAAAACGUCGAAGUCGAUAGGGUAGCUAACGACACGGAAUGGAAAGAGGACCUAUUAUCGCUAGGCAAGAAGAUUGCCGAGUUGCGUGAACGAACCAAAGCGGUAGAAAAUAAUUCUACAGCCUCCGCAACAGUUAUUGAAAGCUACCCGGCUCGCAAAAUACGUGCUGCAAAGGUAGAAGUAGACAAUUCUUGGUGGGGAAAGAAAGCUGUGGGCGCAUGGGCUUUAGCAGGUUGUUCACUCGUUUGGCUCGCAGGAACAUACUUAGAGUCAGCAUAGUCUCUUGUAUUUUAUAUACUCUGUACUAUAUACCACCCUUCUAUCUGCCGGCAGCCUCUAUGAUUUAGCAACCUAAAUGCCCGGAAUUACCACAAGUAUUUACGCUAGGACUGCCUCGAU